AUGCAUCUCUCUUACGACCAGCUUCACCUCAUUCCUAAAUCUCGCCACCCUACACGCAUUUACCCGAGGAGGCUCCCUUGGCUUGAAGACAACCGCCCUCACGCUUCGCGCAAAAGCUCGGUAAAUGGACAGCUAGGCACUUUUAUAGGAACUCAACAUAACACAACAGUGGAUGGUCCUGGUAGUUCUGCGAACUCACCAUCUCCAAGCACUCGUGUUCCAAGUCGCAGGACCUCUGCCUCUGGUGCCUCAUGGGCUGCAGUAGGAGCCAAACCAAUAGCGCGAAGGCAAACAUAUGUCUCACCGGUUGACAGUCGAAGCACGUCAGCAGCUGAAAGUAGCCCAUCGCCAGCUACAAGACACCAGCAGUCAGAGGCUCGACGGACAUCCUCGGCUUCCAUCAAAGCAAUUCCACCAAGAACGGCCCACCGAAUAUCAAUUUCACAACCGCACAAUCCCCAAAAACGGUUAUCGAUUGUGCACAUCAAAGAUGAUAUCAACAACCCCAAGCACAAUGAUUACCGCUCACGCGCUCAGAGUUUGGCCCCCAUUCCAGAUCAUCUGGAGCAGCCUGAAAUUCCCGAACAUAUUAUCGUGCCAGCAAGGAGCGAUUCUGAUAGCACAUCAACGGAAGCGAUCAUUUCGAAGAUCCAGGGGCCAUCUCGCAGUGCCUUCGAGCAUAGCGCCAGCAGAAGGAUAAGCAAAGCAGUAGACGAUCUGGAAGACAUGGUACAAGAAGCUGUCGAAGUUGCCGAGGGUACUCAAGAUCAAGGCCAAGUAAGGGAGAUAUAUGAGAUCAUCGAAGGUGCCAAAAAGGCCGUUCAAGAGGCAGCUGGGGAACCUACACAUCUCAUGGAGACAGCUUCUCCUCUCAAAGCAUCUAGCUCUUCUAGCCCAUCUUCAAGUCCCUAUCAUUCAGCAGAGUCUCCUGGGAAUGUACUCGAAAAUGUUGCGCCCAAUGUACAUCCAUCCCACGGGCUCCACAGAGGCUCAGUAUCCCAUGAUUGGGCAUAUUCGAGCCAAGAGCACCCAGAACAGGGUGAUCCGAUGAUGACUGCACCUGAAAGAGAGAACGAACAAGACCGCAAUGAAUCAGGAACUCACAAAAGUGUUCCUCAGCCAAGGCAUAUCAAAGCAGCUCCUAGAGAGCAUGUAGACUUUGUUCUCCGCCCUGUAGGCCGAGACGAGUCCCGUGGUCGUUCACGCCAACGAAAUACCGACGAGUCUAGAGCCAGUAGAAACCCUCAUCCACAGAAAAAGAGCCUCAAACGUACUCCUUUGCCCGAUUCGGAAUUCGAUCAAAAGGAUACUGGCUUGGACGAUAACGAUAGUUCAUCCGAGGAAGACCAUCCACCUGCAAAAGCCUAUGGUAACGAACCCACAGUCCGAGGGCAGGCGCAUCAUCAUACAUUCAACUUGAUACGGCCUCACCGCAGACAACCAAUUGCAAGGAAUUGGUCCACAGGCAAGAAACGCCUGACUGCAACGAUAGCAUGCAUCAACACAGCUCUACUUGGAAUUAUUGUUGGCAUCUAUGCUGGCGAGGUACCCCGUAUACAAUAUUCUCUAGCAGACGAGCAGCAUGUGACCAUUGUUGGCAACGCAGUCUUGUUCGCUGGGCUUGCUAUCUCUACUUUCUUUGCUUGGACACUACCUCUCCUUCACGGACGAAAACCCUACGUCCUCUCAGCCCUGACAAUUGCUCUACCACUUCAGUUUCCUCAAGCUAUCGUUGUAAGCGGACAUGCCGAUAAAGACCCCGAAUUGCGCGUUGGACUUCUCCUGGCUCGUGGAGCAUCGGGCCUCGUUCUCGGUUUUGCGAAUGUGAACUACAUUACCGUACUACUGGAUUUAUUCGGCGCCUCAUUGCAAUCAAAGAAUCCUCACCAAGAAUUUGUCGUUGUCAAUGACGUACGCCGUCACGGUGGAGGCAUGGGCUUAUGGCUGGGAAUCUGGUCUUGGUGCUGGAUUGGCUCACUCGCUGUAGGCUUCCAACUCGGUGCUGCAAUCAUUGAAGACCUACAGCCGCAAUGGGGGUUCUACGUUGUGAUUCUGAUUUUGCUGGUGGCUUUGAUACUCAACAUUACUGCUUCGGAAACACGACGGGCACAGUUUCGCGAGUCGGUAACUGAAGUGUACGACAAGGACGAGAAUUACAUUACGAGACGGAUCAGCAGGGGAGAGGUGAAGUUGCAUAUUCAGACAGAGGGGCCGAUGUAUUGGUUUGAAGAAGUAUGGGCAGGGAUAAAGCUCAUGACUAUGAUGCUCCUUCAGCCAGGCUUCUUCGUCCUUGCGGUCUAUUUAGGCUGGAUCUACGCACAGGUUGUGCUCGUCAUUGUUCUCCUGGGUGCUCUUUUGUCACGAGACUACAGAUGGAGAUCGACACUGGUGGGCGCAGGUGUCAUGUCUAUUGCCAUUGGUGCACUAUUAGCCAUCCCCAUGACGAAGGCGGGUAUUUUCUCUCGCGACCGCAAAAGAUCAUUCCGCACCGACUCGAUGACAUUUGAGAAGCAAGUCACUUGGACCAGCCAUCUCGUGCGGCGCGCCGUCUUCACACUCACACUCCCUCUCAUGGGAAUGGCAUAUACAGUCUCUUCCGCUGGGCGCCCUUAUCCAUAUAUUGUGCCAAUCAUCUUCGCCGGUGCAAUAGGGUUCCUCAGCAUUCUCGCCAUAGCCGAGUGCCAUGGGCUCAUAAUGGAAACAUUUGAUACAUGCGAUUUACAACCUGGCGUCAAUACAAAACAUCGCCUUCAAAGUAUGGCAGCGCAAGACCGCAGAAGAAGAACAAACUACUCGUCAUUUCCUCGCAUCACAGCCGGCAUAUUUGCGAGCCAGAUCAUUGCCUUCAUACUCGCCGCUAUAGCAACAAUAGUCGGAGGAAACAUGACACGACGGCUCGGAGCCCAAACCUCGACGGGCGUCACAGCAGGCAUUCUCCUAGGCCUGACUGUUCUUCUAAUCUUGGUUCUCUUGCGCUUCAGGUCUGUGCAAGUCAUACCGAAUCAUACUUUUGGCACCAGACGCGACACGGCAGCAUGGGAGGAGUUCAAAGACCUAGAGAAGAUGGGUAGAGGCAGCGAUUGGCAAGCGGUGGUGAUCGGGAACCCGAGUGGCAAGAUGAGGAGAAUGAGCGUGCUUGAGUUGGGGGCUUUGAGUCGGUGGACGGAGAUUAGAAAACUGAAUUUUUUGAUCAAGGGGGUAAUGUUAGGCCAGCCCAAGGAGAAGAAGAGAGACCUCCUAGAGAUGACUAUUAGGUGA